GUAGCGCCCCUGCUGGUACGGAGGGGAGCCGUUGGGUUAGCCGAGGCCCCAGCUAACGUUACUGCUGUGAUACUGUUUAUACAAAUAAUCACGGUGAAAAAUGGUGUUUUAAUAAUAAGAACUGCACAACUACAGCAGCAAAUCUAUUAUACUAUACUAUUAACACUAGCACCACUACUAAUCAGCUACUACAACCACUUGAUAGCAACUAACUCACUACCACUGCAAGGAUGCCCACACAAAUGCUAGCCAUACCUGCUGGACGAGGAACAGGACAGAGGAAGACUGGAGUCUGAUUGUGAUCUAUCCAAAAUGGAAAGGAAGCAUGAGGAAGAAGAAGGAGGAGGACCUGGUCCAGACUAGGACUUGUGACUUGCAUGCAUCGUUAUGCGACACCACAGACUAAACGUGUGCCUGGCUUAAAGAGAGCGAAUACUUAAAACCUCACACGCCAGCUGAUCAUAUGAUGUUGCUGUAAAGAGCCUGGAGGGGAUCUGUGAAUGGCGCCAUUGGAGAUUGUAACAUUCUUUUGGAUUUCACAUUUAUGGGAUCUUGCAAAAUGAUCGUCCUUCAUAUGGCAGAGGAGGACAUUUUGUAGCGAGACAACAUUUAGAGCGUCAUUUAACCAAAAACCACAAAGGCCCCAACUACGGAACUGACUGAAAUACUUGCUAAUGGAGGAGGAAAACUUGAGCUCCUCUCUGCCAGAUGUUAUAGAUUUAGUCUUUCAACAGCCUCAACAAGAGUCAUGGACGUCUGUAGACCUCCAGUACGUCAAUGGAGAGCAGGAGACUGAUGGGUGGGGCGACACAGAGGUACAGAUAAACCAGGCAGAUGGGACAGAUCAAGUCCAUCUUUCCCCAAAAGCAGGACAAGACACUCCUGAGGAGGCAGAGCAGUGGGAGCAGAUAAUAUGGCCAGUGCACCCCAUGCCCUGCACCAAUGCUUCGCUUUCCUGUGCCACAGUGCAGUGGGACAUGCCUGAUCCCUCUGCAGAGACGCCUCAACUCAUGACUGACAGCGGCUCUGCCAAUGAGCUGGACUCUGGUGGCGUGACGAGUCUAGAAACCACAACCCCGUCACUUCACCAAGCUCUUAAUGCUGAGCUUGUCACACAGAAGGGCAGAGGGGAAGAAGAUGAAUUUAAUUCACGGCUUCUGAACUCUAAUCUACAGUGGACAGGAAACAGCUCUGAGCCAUGUGAUGAUGCAGAUGUGCAAGAGCCGCCGACACAGGAAAGGGAAGAUCCAACACAUGAGCUGCUAGAGAAUAAUAACGAAAUUCUACUGACAACAGAUUCAGAAGAGGAGGAACACUCAGCAGCGUCAGAUCCUGUUGAAACUGUGGACUUAAUCCAUAUUCCUGAAGAGGUUGAAGCCUCAGGAGAUGAUACAGACAGUUUUGAAGAUUUAAAACUAGAAGGGGAACAGGAGGAGCCUGGCAUUCUGCUGACUGGACAGGGAGACUCAGAGGACGAGCAAACUUCAGCGAAUGGUGUUGAGAGUGAAGAAGAGAACGAGGAGAAAGACGAGGGAGAAGAGGAGGAGCAGAUAAACGUGUCCCGUACUGAAGAAAGUGAAGACGCACAAGCUGUCAGUUGUCUGACUGAUGUGGAGCUUUCUGCAGAGCCACUACAAACUGAUGAAACUGGACCUACUGUAAACCCCGAUAAGCUAAUAGAUCUGCAGCAGUCAGAGCUUUUGGAGGAAAAGCAGCACUCAGAGACUGAAGAGGACAUCAAUAUAGAAAAACGGUUACAUGAAGAUCCCACAGGUCAGACCGAAGAGCCGGAAAUGUAUAAAGAUGUAGAUCAGAAUGUGGACCCUGAACAGUCAGAGGCUGCAGAAGACAUUGAAGAACCGUUGAUACAGGCGGCAGAUACUGCAGAGAGGACAGAAGACUCACCGGAGAUAGAAGAGCUGACUGAAAAACUGGAGGAGUCAAGUUGUUUAGAGCAACAACAUUGUGACCAAACGACUACACAGGACAUAGAGCUGUCACCGCAGCCUGAACACGCUGAGUCCGAGCAGCUUGAGAAGACCGAAGAGUCAGAGCAAAUCCAAACAGAGGUGUCACAAGACUCUGACCAGUUAGGACAGUUGCAGCAUCUGGAGCAGCCACCAGAGAUGGAGCUGACAGAAGACUCAAAGUCAGACAUGCCAGAGGACUCUACUCAGUCAGAGCGGACAGUUUGUGAUGAAGCUGAAGACCCCGAAGUGGCAGAGCAGCACGAACAGACGGAGCCAUCAGAGCAGAAUGAGCAAACGAGCGACUUGUCUCCGCCACCGCUCUCCGAGCAGCUUGUGCAGCCAGAGACGGAUGAGUCAGACAAAACAGAGCAUCUGCCUCCUGAGACCGAGGUCACACGGCAGACAGCAGAGGCCGAGUUCAAUCAGGUGGACGAACAGGCUGAGACGUCACAUCAGGAUGAAGAUGGGUCCAUACAAACAGUUGUUGCAAAUGGAGAGCAACCCAAACCCCCUGAGACUGCAGUGCCUCAUAUGAAUGGGGACGAGGUGAACAGAGAGAUGGCCUGCCGCCUCGCUGAACGGCUGUUUAAGUUGGAUGGAAUCCAACGUGUGGACGUGGUGAAGCACUUAGACAAAGAUAAUGACUUCAGCCGCGCUGUCGGGGAGGAAUACCUCAAACAAUUUGACUUCACCGGGCAGACUCUCGAUCAUGCCCUGAGAUCUUUUCUGAAAGUGGUGGUGCUGAUAGGAGAGACCCAGGAGAGGGAGCGUGUGCUGCAGCAUUUCGCCUGCCGCUUCCAUCAGUGCAACCCCGACUCCUUUACCUCCUCAGAAUCUGUGUUGGCUCUCACAUGCGCUUUGAUGCUUCUCAACACUGACUUGCAUGGACAGAAUGUAGGGAAGUCCAUGUCCUCGUCUAAAUUUGUGUCCAACCUUGAUGGGAUGAAUGAAGAAGAAAACUUCAGCAAGGAUCUCUUGAAGAGUCUUUACAAUUCCAUAAAGAAUGAGCCGCUGGAGUGGGCUGUUGACGAGGAGGAGUUGAAGAACUCUGUGUUGUUGGAUGAAGAUUCAGCAGAAGAUGCACCGCUGCGUUCAAAAGCCAACCCCUUCCAGGACGUCCCUCACGACAAAACGGCCUCUGUGGUCAAACAGGGAUUCCUCCAGAGAAAGCUGCACGCUGACAUUGACGGCAAACGCACUCCAUGGGGGAAGAGAAGCUGGAAGACUUUCUAUGGAGUGAUGAGGGGAAUGGUCCUUUACUUACAGAAGGAUGAUUACAGGAGGGAUCAGACUGGUGAGGAGGUGGUGAGUCUGCACCACUCUCUGGCCGAGCAGGCAGCAGAAUACACCAAGAAGCCACACGUCUUCCGUCUGCAGACAGCCGACUGGAGGGUUUUCCUUUUUCAGGCCUCAUCCAAAGUGGAGAUGUUUUCAUGGAUCAGCCGCAUCAACCUGGUGUCGGCUCUUCAUUCCUCGCCUCCGUUCCCCGCCGCCGUCGGCUCUCAGAGGAGGUUCUGCAGGCCGAUCCUCCCCUGUUCACAGUCUGCUCAAACCCUGGAACGCCAGCUGCAGUCUCAUGCAGGAAUGCUGGAGUCAUUCAAGGCGGACUUGUCAUACCUGCAGCAAAACCCGCCAGAGGGAAAAAAAGCCAAAGCCAGGGAGCUGGAGGAGCAUCGCGUCAGAGCGGAGUACCUGCAGCACGAGAUGUGCCGCUAUGAGAUCUACAUCCAGGGCCUGGAGGCUUGGAAGAAUGUGAGAAAGACGACAGGCGACGGUAGGUUGAACAUCCCAGACCUGAACCUGUUUGAUAAAGAAGUGUGUGCAGACUCUUUCGGGGAGGAAGAGGAGGAGGAAGGUGCGCUGAAAAAGUCCCACUCCAGCCCCUCUCUGGAUCUGGAGAUGGCUCCUCCUGCGGUGAUCAAAGUCAGACGCAACAUCUCAGAAAGACGGACUUACCGCAGGACCAUCAUUCCUCGAUGGAAUAAGGAGGCCUGAAAGGUGAUUAAAAAUGCAGAUUUAUGAACUUCUGCCAUGAACUGACGGGACUUCAGUCUUUUAGUUUGUGGAAGCACUGACCAGAGACACAGAGAGACACUGGAGUCAUAUCUGAAAUCUGAUUCAGCAAGUUAAUGUUUUGUUUUAGACUUUUUCUGCAUUUUUAUCUUGUGCACUUUUAGAGAAAUAAACCUCAGGGAAUCCCAAACCCUCAAUCUCUCUCAGGAUGGAAUCUGGGAACCUGAUUUAUGUGUUGAGUGACUCAAAAUAUAUGGACCUAAUUUAUUUAGUUUUGUUUUUUAACUUUGGUCUGUAGUAGUAUUAAAAAUAGCGCAAAGUUGCUUUCAUUUGUUUUUUUGUUUUUUUUUACUUUGGGCAGAAACAUGCCUUUAAAAUGUAAACCACUAGAGGGUGCUGUAGUACAGCACAACUCUGCCUGAAUGAGUGGAGAGGGACAGGAAGUGCUGUUUUUUUAUUUUGAAAAAUCCUUAUUGCACUUUUAUUUGUUUUAUUUUGUGUGUAAUAUGUUGAUGUCACCGUUACAUGUUGUUUUUAAAUGAAGGGUUAAUUUCCAAAAUAUUUUGGGAAGAAUAAAAUGUUACAUGCAAAUAUA